CCCCGGUGCCGCCGGCGGCCCAUGAGCCCCGGCCUCAAAGUUUGCGGCGGGCGGGCGGGCGCGGAGCCUCCAAGAUGCCGUUCCACCCGGUGACGGCGGCGUUGAUGUACCGGGGCAUCUACACCGUGCCCAACCUGCUGUCGGAGCAGCGCCCGGUGGAUAUUCCUGAGGACGAGCUAGAGGAGAUCCGAGAGGCCUUCAAGGUGUUCGACCGUGACGGCAAUGGCUUCAUCUCUAAGCAGGAGCUGGGGACGGCCAUGCGUUCCCUGGGCUACAUGCCCAAUGAAGUGGAGUUAGAGGUUAUCAUCCAGCGGCUGGAUAUGGAUGGUGAUGGCCAAGUGGACUUUGAGGAGUUUGUAACACUCCUGGGCCCCAAGCUUUCCACCUCGGGGAUCCCAGAGAAGUUCCAUGGCACUGACUUUGACACUGUCUUCUGGAAGUGUGACAUGCAGAAGCUGACAGUGGACGAGCUGAAGCGGCUUCUCUAUGACACCUUCUGCGAGCACCUGUCCAUGAAGGACAUAGAGAACAUCAUCAUGACGGAAGAGGAGAGCCACCUGGGCACCGCCGAGGAGUGUCCCGUGGACGUGGAGACCUGUUCCAAUCAGCAGAUCCGCCAGACCUGCGUGCGCAAGAGCCUGAUCUGCGCCUUCGCCAUCGCCUUCAUCAUCAGCGUCAUGCUCAUCGCGGCCAACCAGGUGCUGCGCAGUGGCAUGAAAUAGGCACCACAUGGGGGCCCACCUGGCACAUGCGGUGCCCAGGCCCACUCCACACCUACCGCUGCCUGCAGCCCUCCCCUCCCCCCCAGCUUGCUCCCUGGGCCGCCACCACCCAUGGGCACUUCAAGCCUGGACGUUGACCACCCCAACCCUCACCCCAUAGGCCUUGCAUGGAGCCAUGGCCCAGUUGUGGGGGAACUGGUGGUGGCUCGGAGAACAGCCCUAGCCCCUAUACCCUGCCUGUGCCCCCCACCUGGCCUGUAUGUAGCGUUAACUUCCCACCACCCAGGGCUCCUGGGAAAGGAGGGUCUUGCACAGGAGCCCCCAGGAUCCAGUCAGUGCUGUGAUCUUUUAGGCAGGCGAGAAACUCCUGUCUAGAGCUGGG